AUGUCUGAUCAACCAAGCUCUCCAGUUAGAGGGAACUUUGAUUCUAGUUCUUCGCCUGCUCCUGUUCCAGAUUCCAAUCCUCCGCAAGCAUCGUCACCAGCGCUAUUCUAUAAUACUUCGUCGUCUCAGCCAGAUACAUACGAGCGAGAUAGUGCCUCACAACAUCGCAGGACAGUCCAGGCAGCACCAGAAUCUUCACCUUUCUUCUAUCCCUCAUCUCAGCAUGAAAGGUCCGACGGAUUGGGCUCUCAGGCAAGAGAUCGAAGAGCAGGUCAAUCGACGACACCAGGAAGGAACUUGGGCUCCGAUCUGAGGAGUGACAGAGCUGGUCCCAUGUCCUCUUCGUCUUUUGGAGGCCGCUCUUCGAACCACACUUACAUGAGAAGGAAUGAUAUCCAUGCUUCAGACCUAUCUUCGCCUCGCAGAAUAGUCGAUUUUGAUUCUCGUUCCGGACUUCCCACAUCCUCCUCGUCUGCUUUGCCCUCUGAGGCGACCGAACCGCUAAGGAUCAUUUGGGGUACUAACGUUAGUAUCCAAGAAUGUGCAAAUGAUUUCCGAAGCUUUUUGAUGUCCUUCAAGUACAAAUAUCGUAAGAUCCUGGAUGAAAGAGAGGUCUUUGUGAACACCACUACCGACGAGGAAUUGUACUAUAUCAAGCAAAUGAAUGAAAUGCGUGAGCUUGGCAGUUCGAAUUUGAAUUUAGACGCUAGGAAUCUCUUAGCAUACAAGCAGACAGAGGGUCUAUACUACCAGCUCCUGAAUUAUCCACAGGAAGUCAUUUCAAUUAUGGAUCAAACUAUAAAGGACUGUAUGGUAUCACUAGUUGUUGAUAACCAGUUAGAGUACGAUUUAGAUGAUAUUGAGACCAGAUUUUACAAAGUAAGACCAUAUAAUGUGGAAACCGUCAGAGGAAUGCGAGAGCUUAAUCCCAAUGAUCUUGAUAAGUUGAUCAGUUUGAAAGGUCUUGUCUUAAGAAGCACCCCAGUGAUACCUGAUAUGAAAGUGGCUUUUUUCAAGUGCAACGUUUGUGACCAUACCAUGGCUGUUGAAAUCGAUAGAGGAGUUAUUCAAGAGCCUGCAAGAUGUGAAAGGGUGGACUGUAAUGAACCUAAUUCCAUGUCUUUAGUGCACAAUCGCUGCUCUUUCGCUGAUAAACAAGUGAUCAAACUACAGGAGACGCCAGAUCUGGUGCCAGACGGUCAAACACCCCAUUCAGUUUCUCUAUGUGUGUACGACGAGUUAGUGGAUUCGUGCCGUGCAGGUGAUAGAAUUGAAGUUACAGGGACAUUCCGGUCGGUCCCUAUCAGGGCCAAUCCUAGACAACGAGUAUUGAAGUCACUUUACAAGACAUAUGUUGACGUUGUUCAUGUGAAGAAAGUCUCAAAUAAACGAUUGGACGUUGACACUUCUACAGUCGAACAAGAACUUAUGCAAAACAAACUUAAUCAUACCGAUAUUCAAGAAGUUAGGAGGAUAACAGAGCAGGACAUCACCAAAAUCAAAGAAGUUGCGAUGAGGGAUGAUCUUUAUGAAUUACUCGCACGUUCAAUCGCCCCAAGUAUAUACGAAUUGGACGAUGUCAAAAAGGGAAUACUGCUUCAAUUGUUUGGUGGUGCUAACAAGAAAUUUACCAAGGGUGGGAGAUAUAGAGGCGAUAUCAACAUCUUAUUAUGUGGUGAUCCUGCAACAUCAAAAUCCCAAAUUUUACAAUACGUCCAUAAGAUUGCUCCUCGUGGUGUUUACACUUCUGGUAAAGGUUCUUCUGCUGUUGGUUUGACAGCAUAUAUCACUAGAGAUGUUGAUACCAAACAACUUGUACUGGAAAGUGGUGCCUUGGUUCUAUCUGAUGGUGGUGUUUGUUGUAUUGAUGAAUUCGACAAAAUGAGUGACUCCACUAGAUCUGUGUUGCACGAAGUCAUGGAACAACAGACAAUUUCGAUUGCUAAAGCUGGUAUCAUCACAACUUUGAACGCUAGAGCAUCCAUCCUAGCCAGUGCAAAUCCCAUAGGAUCUCGUUAUAAUCCCAACUUGCCCGUGACUGAAAAUAUUGACCUUCCACCGCCACUACUGUCGAGGUUCGAUCUCGUUUAUUUGGUUCUUGAUAAAGUUGAUGAAAAAACUGAUAGGGAACUUGCCAAGCAUUUAACCAGCCUCUACAUUCAAGAUAAACCGCAACACGUCGCUACUGAUGAUGUGUUAGCUGUCGAAUUUUUGACUACUUACAUCAAUUACGCCAAGGAUAAUAUUCAUCCAGUCAUCACCGAAGGCGCAAAGACAGAACUCGUGAGGGCAUACGUUGGCAUGCGCAAAAUUGGUGAUGAUUCAAGGUCAGAUGAAAAGAGAAUUACCGCCACUACGAGACAGUUAGAGAGUAUGAUUCGUCUGGCGGAAGCCCACGCCAAGAUGAGACUUUCGCAAGAAGUAAAAGUUGAAGACGUACAGGAAGCCGUGAGGUUAAUUAGAUCAGCAAUCAAGGACUAUGCCACAGAUCCCAAGACUGGUAAGAUAGACAUGAAUCUGGUUCAAACUGGGAAAUCGGUUAUUCAACGAAAGCUAGAAGAAGAUUUGGUGAGAGAAGUACUAAGGAUCCUCUCAGAUCACACUUCAGAUUCCAUGAGCUUCAACGAGCUGAUCAAGCAGAUCAAUGAGCACUCGCAGGACAGAGUUGACUCCUCGGACAUAUCGGAUGCGCUUUCACGACUACAACAAGAAGACAAAGUGAUAGUUCUCGGAGAAGGUGUACGCAGAUCUAUUCGUCUCAACAGCCGCGUUUAG